AUGCAUGCAUAUUUGUCUGCUAUUCAUGACCAGAUGUGGGACGUUAUAAUUGACGGACCCAUCAUAAUCAUGAUGACAAAUCCUAACCGAGCAGCAGAAGAAGUUGGCACAUCCGAGUUAAUAGUCAAACCUAAAUCUUUCUUCGUGGCAGAGGAGAGGACUCGUAGCAAUUUGGACAAUAUUGCACGAGGCAUCCUAUAUAAGACUCUUGACGAAACAUUGUUUCCAAGGGUGAGGAAGUGCAAGAUGGCGAAAGAAAUCUGGGAAACUCUUAUGCUCAUAUGUGAAGGAGAUGAGCAGGAGAAAGAAAACAAGCUGACUAUUGCCAUAAAGAAGUUCGAGGACUUCAAGAUGGGAGCUAUCGAAUCCAUCACGGAGAUGGAAACCAGAUUUAUAAAGCUACUGAGUUAG